AUGUGGAAUGAUUCUAAAGAUUCCAAAAACUCCGAGAAACCUAAGAAUUUCGAGAAAUCCAAGAAAUCUCUACCCGUGAUCGAAGUGACACUCAGUGAAAACGAACCUCAGCGCUUCAGUAUUAUUCCUCCAGAGAUGCUAAAGUCGAGCAGCGAGGUUUCAAUGGGAGGACCUGGGAACGAGGACACUGGUACACUAAAGGUCAGUGAUAACUUUACCGAGGAGUGCAUGAAGUUAUUGAAUAAUAACUUGAGUUCAGCAUCGGAGGAUAAUAAUGAUGAAUACAACCCUGCAGAAAAAGACGUUGAAAGAUAUGGCAGCCUGCCCGAAGCUGAUCGUAGAUCACCAGAAGUUGAUGAUGGUCGAAAUAGUUUACCUGAGGCGGAGGGUCCAUCACCAGAAACUGAUAAAUUGUUACAAAUUAAGUAA